GCGGGUAAACAGCUACGAAGCCGGAAGUGCGGCGAGCGCCUUGACCAGGCGGGGAGAGGAGUGAAGUUUCCUUCAUCCUCGCUGGACGCGGCCGGAGGCGUGAGAUGGCGACGAGGAGGCCGUGUGCUGCCAUCGCGGCGCUCACCCUGACCGUACUGUGGUGUCGUUGCCUCUGCCUGGAGCCCCCGCUGGGUGAGGUUGCGGGUAAAACCCCGCAGGAGCCCAGUGGCCAGUCUGUGGCUCCAGGUACACAGCUGGACAGGUUAUCAAACAGCACUGGGGACCAAAAUGGCACAUCGCAAGUCACCUCCAGCCCCAUUGUCACAGUCACAACUCCAGAAGUUCCACCAAAACCUAUACUGCACCUGCAGACGGGGGCUGAGGCACAACAAGAAGAACAAUCGAGUGGGAUGACUAUUUUCUUUAGUCUUCUUGUAUUAGCUAUUUGCAUCAUAUUGGUGCGGCUGCUGAUCAAAUACAAACUGCAUUUUCUUCCAGAAAGUGUGGCCGUGGUAUCUUUAGGAAUCUUAAUGGGUGCCGUGAUUAAAAUUAUAGAAUCGCAACAUUGGGCGAACUGGAAGGAAGAAGAAAUGUUUCGGCCAAACAUGUUUUUUCUUUUGUUACUUCCACCCAUUAUAUUUGAGUCUGGAUAUUCAUUACACAAGGGAAAUUUCUUCCAGAAUAUUGGAUCAAUUACCCUCUUUGCUGUAUUUGGUACAGCAAUUUCAGCUUUCGUUGUAGGUGGUGGAGUGUACUUUCUUGGUAAGGCUGAAGUUAUCUAUAAGCUCACAGUGACAGACAGUUUUGCAUUUGGCUCUCUAAUCUCUGCUGUUGAUCCAGUGGCGACGAUUGCCAUUUUUAAUGCUCUGAAUGUGGAUCCUGUUCUGAACAUGUUGGUAUUUGGAGAGAGCAUUCUUAAUGAUGCAGUGUCUAUAGUCCUUACCAACACAGCUGAAGGUUUGGCCAGAGAGAAUGCUCCUGAUGUUAGCGGAUGGCAAACAUUCCUACAGGCGCUGGCGUACUUCCUCAAGAUGUUCUUUGGAUCUGCAGCACUUGGAACACUCACCGGUCUCAUCUCUGCUUUGCUGUUGAAGCACAUUGACCUCCGAAAGACACCAUCACUGGAAUUUGGGAUGAUGAUCAUCUUUGCCUAUCUCCCUUAUGGGCUUGCAGAAGGCAUCAAGCUGUCGGGAAUCAUGGCUAUACUGUUUUCUGGCAUCGUGAUGUCACACUAUGCUCACCAUAAUCUUUCCCCGGUUACUCAAAUCCUUAUGCAGCAGACACUGCGGACAGUUGCAUUCAUGUGCGAAACUUGUGUUUUUGCUUAUAUUGGGCUGGCAAUAUUCAGCUUUCCUCACAAGUUUGAGAUCUCAUUUGUUAUUUGGUGCAUUGUUCUUGUCUUAUUUGGCAGAGCAUUGAAUAUAUUUCCUCUCUCCUUCCUUCUGAACUUCUUUCGAGAUCAUAAAAUAACUCCUAAAAUGAUGUUCGUCAUGUGGUUUAGUGGUCUUCGAGGUGCCAUUCCUUACGCCUUGAGUCUACAUUUGGAGAUGGAGCCAAUAGCGAAACGUCAGCUGAUUGGAACAACCACAAUAAUUAUUGUGCUUUUCACAAUUCUGGUCUUGGGUGGCGGAACGAUGCCUCUGACCAGGCUGAUGGAUGUUGAGGAUCCCAAAACCCGUCGAAGGAAUAAGAAAGAUAUCACGCUCAGUAAAACUGAGAAAAUGGGCAACACUGUUGAAUCUGAGCAUUUAUCAGAAUUAACAGAAGAGGAGUAUGAAGCACAUUUCAUCAAACGGCAAGAUCUUAAAGGCUUCAUGUGGUUGGAUGCUAAAUAUUUGAACCCUUUCUUUACUCGACGACUUACUCCUGAGGACCUACAUCAUGGGAGAAUACAGAUGAAAACAUUGACCAACAAAUGGUACGAGGAAGUGCGUCAAGGUCCAUCGGGUUCUGAAGAUGAUGAGCAAGAGCUUCUCUAGCAGUUGGAUUGCUGCAGAAGUUGCAACACAGCCUUUAAGUUUCAUGAUGAUUCAGGACGAGGGGAAGCACCAGUUAGACUCAGUCCAUGGCACUGAAUUCUGAGCUGCUUAAAGUGAUCCUUGCACCAUUUGUAGGGUAUUCUAAUUUUUAAAACAAAAAUUCAGAAGAUAAGAUCAGUGUGCUGAGUUCUUGCAAUAUUUUGCGUGGUCAAUUUUGAAGGUGGAGAAUUAAACCUCACUGAAGGAAUAUCUUUUUUUUUAAUUGGAUAACACUGAAUGUAUCACUCUAGGUUAAGCACUUUACUUUCUUGUAAAGAAGAUCACAGUUUUAUAUCUAUCCACUUUCCCUAAGGAUUCUGACAAUCGAGAGAUUCGCACUCGCCAUUGAACGUUUGUGUAGCUACUGAAAAGGAAGCUCUGCCCUCGAGUUUCCUGUCUCUGAAUGUUAGAUAUUGUGCUUGUUUACCUACAGUGGUAAUUUGACAUGAAGCAGAAGUCUAAGUAAGCUUUUCACGGGGCUCAAAGUUAUCCAAGGCUGUGCUGGUUUGUCGACACGUCAGAUUCUCCAUAAAACCUUCUCUUGUAUAUCGGAAGAAUCAAACAAUAAAUUCUAAUUCCAUAUUAAUUUUGGUUUGAAAUUUGGGCAAAUUUUAGAAUCAUGGGUAUGUAAUCAUUUUCUGAUCUAUGUUCUCGUGACUUUCAGAAUCUAAUUUGAAGUGGAAUGACAAAUGCACUUAAAAUGAAUUAAGUUUGAAAGUGAUUUCAUUUUAAAUUAAGAGUACUUUCAAAACUGUCAUUGCAGAUGUAAGUGUACUAAUUGCUUAUACAAUUUCCAGCCUGCAAAUUUCUUUGAGCAAACAACCAUCAACAUAUUUUGCCUCUAUUUGUUUUAGUUUGAGAAUAAUCCAACCUUUGUGCCUUUAAUGGAACAUAGCAACACCUUGGCUAAAUGAUAAACAUACACGGCAUGAUAAAUGAUGGUGUAUUUCUAGAAUGACCUAUUGAUUGAUUCAGUGUGAGUGGUGCCAUGGGCAACAUGUUCGUUUUUUAAAUGUUUGCUAAUUCAGCUAAUGUGUGUUUGUUCCAGUCUAAAAUAUUACAUUAAGGAUACAAAAUUGCUUCCUAAUAAAUGACGUUAGCGUAAUCUGAAGUCUGAAAGGGUCUUGACCCGAAACUUCACCUAUCCAUUUUUUCCCAGAUAUGCUGCCUGACCUGCUGAGUUACUCCGGCAUUCUAUGUGUAAACCAGCAUCUGCAGUUCCUUCCUACACAUUAGUAUAAAAGAUACACCUUUUCUUAUGGAUUCUAAGCUGGGCAUAAAUAUUUAUGAACAGAACUAGUUUCUGACCUUAAGUUUACAAGCAAAUAAAUUUACUUGCAUCUGUCCUUUUUAAGUGCACCUUAAAUGGAUGGUUGGUAAUGGAAACUAAACCUUGCAUUCCACUCAAAAUAAGCAUGACCAUAAAUGGUGCCACUGAGAACCAUAAGUAUAUUCAUAAAUAUUAAUAUUUUUUCAAUAUAAUUGAUUUUUUUUAAGCUGGCAGUCUUCAAAUAUUCACAGGUAUCAGGUGGAAAUAUGUGAUAUUUUAAGCAUUUUAUUAUCUUUAUCUUCUGACAGUUCUAAGAUCCUGUUCAUAAAAAAAUUCUCAUAUUCUCAUUGGUUUCUGAAUUCUUUAUUGGAUGAUUUUCCAACUUUCAAACUUUUGUAUAAAUUUUGCUGGAAUUUUGAUCUAACCGGCUAAUGAAGGGGCCAUACAAUUGUCAUUAUUUAAACAUAUGAAUACAUUUUUAGAGCAGGUUUCCAAAAGGGUUAAUUUAUAGAAGCAUGCUGAAAACUGAACACUAAACAGCACUGGAAACUGUUUACCAUUGUUUUUAUUAACAUUGCACUGUGAUUGUAGAAUGUGUUCAAAAUAAAUAUCGAGCGUGGUUCAUUGU